AAUUGAUCGGUAGUACUACUACUUAUGUCAAGAUAACAAGGCAAUGCAUCACGAUGAUGGACAUCCGCAAAAAAAGAAAAAAAAAAGAGAUGAUGGCCAGGCUACAGCGUCGGAUGGAAGGAGGACUCAACAACCCUUGGUUUCAGGCGGCGGCCGGCGGCAGUGAGGCCUUCACCAUCGUGCGGCUGCCGUCCCAUUUCCACGAGACGAACGAGGGCCUGUACGAGCCCCGGCUGGUCUCCAUCGGGCCGUACCACCUCUCCAGCGCGAGAACCCGCGGGAUGCAGAGCCACAAAUGGCGUUUCCUCCGCGACUUCCUCCUCCGGAACCACCACCCCGAGGACGGAAGCAGCUCUGUCCGCCUCCAGCUCCGCCUUGCCGCCUACAUCCGCGCGGCCCGCGGGGUGGAGGCGCGAGCGCGGCGCUGCUAUAGCGAGUCCCUUGAGAUGGCAAGCGACGACUUCGUGCAGCUGCUCGUACUGGACGGCUGCUUCAUCCUCGAGUUCCUGCUCAAGUCCAGACACAAGGUGCUCGAGGUCGACGCGUACAUGCAGUGGGCGCGGAUUUACAUUUAUUACGACUUGGUGCUCGUCGAAAACCAGAUCCCGUUCUUCGUCCUCGCGGAACUGUACGCCCUUGCGGUGAAGGAGGGGAACAAUAUUCACCGGCGGGAUGAGAACCUUGAUGUUCUCAUCUCCAAGUUCUUCAGCCGGCACGAGCCUCUAUGCCACCUUCCGGUGCCGGAUCAGCAACUCGACAUCCCGUGCGUCCACCACCUGCUCCAUCUACAGUACAGGAGAUUGAUCGUGACGACUCCGGCAAAUGACGGAGCUGGUAUACAACCACUCGAGUCAGUGGCCUUAUCUUCUAGCUUCUCUUCAGACGCCGGCACCGGAUCCAACGAGGAUGAAGGGGACGAUGAGCGCGAGCUGGUGAUCGGUAUCACGCCGCUGGGCGCGGCAGGCAACGCGGCUGCAGGAGCCGCUGGGCGCGAGCAGGUGAACGGGGGGAUCACGACGCCGCUAGCGAUUCGGUGCGUGACGGAGCUGCAGGAGUUCGGCGUCACGUUCAAGGAGAAGCCCUCACCGGCAAGCCAGUUCGACGUGACGUUCCGCCGCGGGAGGAUGGAGAUCCCACGCCUGGCCAUCAACGCCGGCACCAGGAUCCUGGUGGCGAACCUGUUCGCUUGGGAGCAGACGACCAAGGAAGACUGGAAGAAGGGCGUGGUGACGGGGUACCUGGUGCUGAUGAACGCGCUGGUGAACACGGCGGCGGACGUGUCCGUGCUCCAGCGCAGGGGCAUCCUGGACAACAUGCUCUCCAACGAGGAGGAUGCUGCGGCCUUCUUCAACCGCCUCGGCGGCUGCGCGCUCUUCGACCCCGCCGCGCACCGCUACGCGGAGCUGUUCAGGGACGCCAACGAGUACUGCGACCACCGCUGGAACCGGUACGUGGCCGUGCUGAAGCGCGACCAUCUCCGGAGCCCGUGCUCUAUCAUCAACCUGCUCGCCGCGGCCAUCCUCAUGUGCAUUUCGGUCACGUCUGCCGGCUUCGUCAUCUGCCACUACAGUCAUGCUUGCUCCUGAUCAAACCUCUUGGGCCAUGGCCUCUUUUUCAAAAUUCUUUUUCUUGAGCUAAUCUCCUGGCCUCUUGGGCAGACCCACCAUGACAGUUGCUUGGUUUUACUUGAUCAGUUUUUUCAGUGGUUUACUUAAACAGUUACUACUUUCAAAUUUGAACCGAUGCCCAAAAUGCAUUCAGUUGUUACUGAUUUUCUCGCCUACAGGGCUUUUGACUCCUUCGUGGGCCUGCUCGGUAAUAAUGCUUCUACUUGGGCU